AUGACUGGAACAUCGGGUGAGUGCACUUUAACUACCCAAACUGAGCCUAACAGUUGUCGUCAUUUGCAUAGUUGGGUGCAGUUCAUCUACGGCGACCGCUCGGCGGAGAUGCUCUCAGGUCCGUGCACCAUUGACCGGCAGAAGAAGGACUCCUACCUGCCACCUGAGCUGUGGCCUCACGCCAAUGAUCCCAACAAGUCGGCCCACAUAGUGCUCACCAAUCUGGCCAAGGAACGGGCAAAGGAAGAGCACCAGCAGCAGUUGGACAGCCUGGGCCGUCGACGUUUCUGGCUGUGGGACUACCUGUGCAUUCCCCUCGGUGACAUUCGCCGCCAUCGAGGUGCAGACGCCGCCCAGUACCUGCUCUGUCAGCAGUACCUCAUCUACUACCUGACGAUGCUGAGUGGAAUCUGUCUGCUGGUGCUGCUGCCCGCCAAUGUCUACGGCGGCACCGUUGAGGGGGACAACUUUGAGAAGACGACCAUCAAUGCACUGGACAGUUCGUCAAAGAUGCUCUGGAUUCAUGCCGUGGUUACGGUACUACUUGUAAUUCUUGGUGUUGUGGUGAUGAGACUGUACUGGAAUCACCUGCCCAUUCACCAGCCAGUUUGCGAUGAACGCACCUUAAUGUUUUCCAACGUCGAGGAGAUAAUGCGCAGUGCAAGGACGCUGUACCGCUACUUCAAGAGAUGCUUUCACUCGGUGAAGGUGACCCGAAUCACCAACACCUACGACAUUGCCGAGCUGGCCAACACUCAAGCGCAUCUGCAGAUGUUGAAAGAGGCAGUUCGCUAUUCGAAAUGCUACGAAGAGGAAAACGGCACACCGCUGCAGGUGAAUCCGAAUAUUUUCUGCUGUCGCAGUUGGGUGAACGCGCUAGAGUACUACACCAAAGAGAGUGAAAAGUACGAAAAGGUUGUCAAGCAUCAAACUGAUGAAGUGCUGAGCACUCUGGAGCAUGUUGUCUUUGUGCAGUUCCAAAAUGCCUCAAUGGCACAAAGAGUUCUAAAACACUUUGAAGCCACAAUGAACCGACGAACACUGCACCACGAUUUGAUGACUUUAGGAAACAUCUGUUGCUGUGGCUGCUGUGGUCGGGGAUCUAGUGAAGGCGACAAAUAUGUCUACAAUGACUGGGAUGCUCGUUUUGCACCCGUUCCAGAAGACAUUGUCUGGAGUGACAUAAUCAUGAGCCCAAACAAGGCCUGCUUUACCGCCUACAUUCUCACCAUUCUUCUCAUCCUCUGCGUAUUCUGUCUCACCACUCCCUUGAUAGCUACAAAUUACCUGCACUUGAUACUAAUCCAAAUUGGAAUUGAAAAGGAGGAAAAGGAUAAACCGCCUAAGAGCAAGAUGGACUGGGUUCAAUGGCUGCUGGUGGACAAUAUCAGUNCUAAUCCAAAUUGGAAUUGA